CCCGGCUCGCCGGCGCCGCCGGCGCCGGGGGCCGCCUGCCGCCUGCCCCCCGGCGCCGCCGCGGAGUACUACAGCACCACGCGGGGCGGCUGGGUCCCCGCUCGGAGAUAGAGGGCUUCGACGAGGCGAAGGGCAUGUACGUGCUGGAUAUACAGCCGAUGGCCCUCCCGGACAAGGUCCGGGCAGGGCCUGCCGCGCCGCGGGCGGCUGCGGGGUCGCCGGGCGGGCCCACGCCGCGGACACCGGUGCCGGGAGGCGGCCAGGCUUGCGAGGAGAGAUGGAGCACACGGCCGCGGGCACCCCCAGCAUGCGGCAGCAGCUGGAGCAGGCGCGCGCCACCUCGCGCGACGGCCUACAGGCCGCGGAGGAAUGGAAGCGUCGCCACGACAGGCUCUUCGCCGAGCACGAGGGCCUCCGGGCCGAGCACGCCAGGCUCCGGGCCGAGAACGACGACUUGUUGUACGUGGCCGAGCUGGCACGGGCAGAGGUGGAGCGGUCCGAGGAGGAGCGGGCCGGGCUCCGGGAGGCGCUGGCAGGGGCCGAGGCGGACUCCAUGGAGCACCGGUCGCCGCAGAAGCACGGCCUCCGCAGCCCGGCUCCGCCGUCCGAGGCGACCGAGACGACGGCGGCGCCGGCCAGCACCAUGUCCCCCCCGUCCGCGCGGCGCGUCGUGCGGGACUUCGGCUGGGAGCCCAGCAAGGACAUGGACCCGCUCGACGAGAUACCUUUUGGCUACGGCAGCCGCGGUGCGCAGUCCCCGCCCCGCGACCAGCUCGGUUUCAGCAGCCGCCAGGACCGCAGUUGGCUCAACGACAAGUACGUGGAGGCCCAGGCGCACCGCUGGAGGUGCGCCGGCAGCUCCGUGUACGAGGCUGGGGCCCCUCAGCGAGACGCCGCCGAUGCGUCGGAGAAGAGGGCCUUCGACGAGGCUCUGCGCAGCCCCGGCCUGGAGACGCCCCCGCCGAAGAUGCGCGUGGCCUUCACCGACCGCAGUGUGCGCCUCGCGGACGACCGCCGCAGGAGCUGGCUGCUCUCGCGGAAGGAGCCCCCCGUGGACGGCCCGGAGCCGCCCCGCGGCCGCGAGAAGCCGCCGGGCCCUCCGCUCGCCGCGCCCGCCGGCGCGGCGUCCGGCACAUCGGCGCGCGGAGAGCCGUUCGUCCGCAUGUACAACCGCGAGGAGGGUGCGGUCGGCAUGCGCAGCCCCAGCCCACAGUUUGCGCGGAGGGACAGCGGCAUGGCGAGCAAGCUCAUCCACAACGCCGGGGGCAUGACGGGCACCGCGCCCGAGGGCUCCGGGGGCCUCCGCGACGACAGGGUGUUCCUCCGCUCGAUGGGGCCGAAGUCCCGGGGGCACUACAACCCGGCCUCCCCGCGCGGCGUGUCGCCGCGCGCCCUGCUGGCCGACGGCGCCGCCGGGUGCUACACGCCUGCCGAGAGGUGCG